AUGCCUCAGAACGAGUACAUGGAGAGGUGGCGCAAGCUGCACGGCCGCCGCCUCGACCACGAAGAGCGCGUCCGGAAGCGCACCGCCCGCGAGGGCCACAAGGCGUCGCAGGAUGCGCAGAACCUGCGCGGCCUGCGGGCCAAGCUGUACCAGAAGAAGCGGCACAACGAGAAGAUCCAGAUGAAGAAGGCCAUCAAGGCGCACGAGGAGCGCAACGUCAAGACGGCGGACGAGAAGGAGCCGUCGACGCCGAUGCCGUCGUACCUGCUGGACCGGACGAACCCGACGACGGCCAAGGCGCUCAGCAGCGCCAUCAAGAACAAGCGCGCCGAGAAGGCGGCCAAGUUCAGCGUGCCGCUGCCCAAGGUGCGCGGCAUCAGCGAGGAGGAGAUGUUCAAGGUGGUCAAGACGGGCAAGAAGGUGCAGAAGAAGGCGUGGAAGCGCAUGGUGACGAAGCCGACGUUCGUGGGGCAGGAUUUCACGCGCCGCAACCCCAAGUACGAGCGCUUCAUCCGGCCCAUGGGCCUGCGCUACAAAAAGGCAAACGUCACGCACCCGGAGCUCGGCGUCACCGUCCAGCUGCCCAUCAUCAGCGUCAAGAAGAACCCCCAGAACCCGCUGUACACGCAGCUCGGCGUCCUGACCAAGGGAACCGUCAUCGAGGUCAACGUCAGCGAGCUGGGGCUGGUCACGGCCGGCGGCAAGGUCGUCUGGGGCCGCUACGCCCAGGUCACCAACAACCCGGAGAACGAGGGCUGCAUCAACAGCGUGCUGCUGGUGUGA